AUGCAGUCGAAGAGUAGUGGGAGCACUGGCGACAACCUCUCAGCGUCCUCCCAGACUCCCGCACCUCAACCGGUGUCAUCAGCUCCCAGAAUCCCACAGCCAUCAGAUUUCAAGUUCGGUAAGGAAAUCGGUCAUGGCUCCUUCUCGACAGUCUACGUGGCCGAGGAGAUUGCAACGCACCGUGAGUUUGCCAUCAAAGUGGUCAGCAAGAAAAAGGUCACAAUCAACAAGUCGGUUAAGCUUGCCGUGUUCAUGGAAAAAGAAGUGCUCAAACGGACCAAUCACCCCCUUCUAGUUCGCCUCAUGUAUACCUUCCAGGACACCUCUCGCCUCUACUACGUCCUGCAGUAUGCUCAACGGGGUCAUCUCUUAAGUUACCUGCACAAACUCACGUCUUUCAACAAACAAGGCACUCAGUUCUAUGCCUCGGAGCUGUUGCUUGCCCUUCGGUACCUGCAUUCCCAGUCGAUUGUCCACAGGGACGUGAAGCCUGAAAACAUCCUCCUCACUUUCGAUAUGCACAUAAAACUCGCCGACUUCGGAUCGGCAGUGAUCCUCAACGAUUCGUCUGUCGAGGCACCCGGCUUUACCGGCACCCUUGAAUACGUGAGCCCCGAAAUGCUUCAGUUUUGUGCGCCACUCAUGAUCACUUCGUCCUCCUCAUCCUCCUCCUCGUCUUCCUCCUCCGGUUCCGAAGACGAUUGCCAAAAUCAGACUAAGAAGGAAAAAUCACGCGCCAAUCCCUCCAGCUCCGCAUCGUCGCCUAAUCUCUCGUAUUUGAUGGACUACUGGGCUUUAGGCUGUGUAGUCUAUCAAAUGCUCUCUGGUCGUCUGCCCUUCCGCCCGGACAAGUUCGGGCACCAGUUUGAUGUAUUCCAGAAGGUGAACUCCCUCAGUUACACCUUUCCGGAGGGCUUUGAUGAGGAGGCGAAAGACCUGGUCAAGCGCUUAUUGGUUACCGCACCGUCGGAGCGACUGGGCAGUCCCGCGACCGGGGGCCCUGAUGUUCUCCUGUCGCAUCCGUUCUUUGCUGGCGUGGACUGGGACGGUCUAAUCAACAGUGUGCCGCCCAGUCUCAUUCCAAAUCUGGAACCGCUCGAACACAACGACUGGGACAAGUUGCCCGUUGGUUACACUGCCAGCCAGCGGUAUUUCUUUUCGCAGGAACUCGCAUUAGCCACUAGUCAGAUAACAGAGCUGCAGCGCGAGGAGCUGCUGAAGAAGCAGUCAGCCGAAAAUGCCUUCCAUCGUUUCGUCAAGGGGCGUCUAAUUGUGAAACAGGGUGUCCUGUACAAACGCCGGGGUCUGUUUGCUCGAAAACGGGUUUUCCUGCUAACCGAGGGACCCCACCUGUUCUACGUAGACCCGGAGGCCAUGGUUACCAAGGGCGAGGUUCCUUGGAGCAAUUUCUUGCGUGUGGAAUGCAGGAACAGCAAGAUCUUUUCAAUUAUUGUCCCCAAUCGGAUUUACUACCUAGAGGACCCGUCAGGUCACUCCGAGGAUUGGUUAAAUAAACUGCGGCAGGUCAAGGCCAUGUACUACUCGGAUCCGAUCGAUUAA